AUUCAUUUCAGCCCGUGCCCAGAUUACCAGCAGAGAAGAGAAGGGCAGCAUGGCCCGGGGAGAAAAGGGAAGAGGGGAGGGACCUGCCAAGAGUGCCCUCCGGAAGGUACGCACAGCCACCCUGGUUAUCAACUUGGCCCGGGGCUGGCAGCAGUGGGCAAAUGAGAAUAGCACCAGGCAGGCCCAGGAGCCUACAGGCUGGAUGCCAGGAGGGGCCAGGGAGUCAGACCAACCUUCUGGACCAGUGAUAUACCCUACAACCCACCAGAAAGUCCAGAGUGCCCCAAAAUCUCCCUCCCCAAAGCCAGGGGGAUAUGGAGCUGGACAAAGCUCAGAGGGAGCCACCGAAGUCUCUCCUAUCAAAAGGAAAGAGGUGACCAAGACCAUUGUCAGCAAAGCUUACGAGAGAGGAGGUGAUGUAAGCCACCUCAGCCAUAGAUACGAGAAGGAUGGUGAUGAGCCUGAACCCGAGCAGCCAGAGAGUGACAUUGACAGACUCCUCCGCAGCCAUGGCUCCCCAACUCGGAGAAGAAAAUGUGCCAACCUGGUAUCUGAGCUGACCAAGGGCUGGAAGGAGAUGGAACAGGAGGAACAGGAGGAGCUCAAGUGCAGGAGUGAUAGCAUAGACACAGAAGACAGCGGCUACGGAGGGGAGACAGAGGAGAGGCCGGAGCAGGAUGGAGAGCAGGUGGCCAUCGCCAGAAUCAAACGCCCCUUGCCCUCCCAGGCAAAUAGAUUUACUGAGAAACUCAAUUGCAAAGCCCAGCGGAAAUACAGCCAAGUGGGCCACCUGAAAGGGAGGUGGCAGCAGUGGGCUGAUGAACACAUACAAUCCCAGAAGCUCAACCCUUUCAGUGACGAGUUUGAUUAUGAAUUGGCCAUGUCCACCCGCCUGCACAAAGGAGAUGAAGGCUACGGCCGUCCCAAGGAAGGAACCAGAACUGCGGAAAGGGCUAAGAGAGCUGAGGAGCACAUCUACAGAGAAAUCAUGGACAUGUGCUUCAUCAUCCGCACGAUGGCGCACCCCAGGCGGGACGGCAAGAUCCAGGUUACUUUCGGAGAUCUCUUUGACAGAUACGUUCGUAUUUCAGAUAAAGUAGUGGGCAUUCUCAUGCGCGCCAGGAAACACGGACUGGUUGACUUUGAGGGAGAGAUGCUAUGGCAAGGCCGAGAUGACCACGUUGUGAUCACUCUGCUAAAGUGAACUUGCAACAACACAAACCAGACUUGACCCACUCCUGUCUUAAUGCUAAACGCGAAAGCAGUGAAAUUUAAAAGGCAAACUGCUCUGUACCGAGUUAGUAAACAUUAAACAAUUUUUACAAAA